CUUUUUCCGUUUUUCACUCUCUCACUCAUCUCAAUACCCUCCUCACUCCCCUCUCCCCUCUCCACUCUCACAAUUUCUCAAAAUUCUGCAUCCCAAAAUUAAAGCUCCGAUCUUUCUCAUCUGGGCACCACUAAAGUUUUCAUCUUUCUGGAUUUACUCAUCUGGGUCUUCUUCUUCUGCUGAAUUCCAGUUUCAACAACAUGAUUCGCUCCAACAGCAACCAUAUGCACGCCAACACCGAUUCCGAUGUAACAAGCUACGACCCAUCAACGCCAAGAUCACCAAAACGUGCCGUUUACUACGUUCAGAGUCCUUCAAGGGACUCACACGACGAUGGUGACAAAUCUUCAACCAACCAUGCCACAACGCCAGCAUAUAACAGUCCCACUGAUUCACCUUCACACCACUCCUAUGGCCACCAUUCCAGGGAAUCCUCUGCAAGCAGGGUUUCUGGCUCUUACAACUCUUCUUGGGGGAGGCGAUGGAACAGGAAACGUGGAAGUGGCUAUAAUAAAGGGUGGCCUGAGGGCAAGGUGAUUGAAGACGAAGGGUAUUAUGGUGAUUUCCACAGCGGGAAUGAAGGGCUUGCUAGGAGGACUCAGGUGUUCUUUGCUGUGGUUGGAUUUGUUGUGAUCUUCAGUGUUUUCUGUUUGAUCAUUUGGGGUGCUAGCAGACCUUAUAAACCAAAGAUCAUUGUUAAGAGUUUGAUAGUACAUAACUUCAACAUUGGAGGAGGAGCAGACCUCACAGGAGUCCUGACCAAGAUGCUAACAGUAAAUUGUUCAUUCAAAAUGACAGUGCAUAACCCUGCAACGUUUUUCGGCAUUCAUGUUAGUUCCAAGUCAGCAAACCUCAUGUAUUCUGAGAUUUCAGUUGCAACUGGAGAGUUGAAGAAAUACUACCAGCAGAGAAAGAGUCGGCGGACGGUGUAUAUGAAUAUGAAAGGAGACAAGGUUCCUCUAUAUGGAGCUGGGGCAAGCUUAUCCGAUUCAGCUGUUGACCGAAAAAUACCAAUGCGGCUUGUCUUUGAGGUUAAAUCAAAAGGGAAUGUUGUUGGGAAGUUGGUGAAAUCUAAGCAUAGACAACAGAUUUCUUGCUCGGUUGUUCUUGAUUCUGAAAGCAGCAAACCUUUCAUACUUAAAGAGAAUGCAUGUUCAUACUCAUGAGAGGUUUUGAUCCAGCAACAGCAACAAUAACUGGCUCCUUGUGUUUCAGAUGGCUUGAGUUUUCCAUCCGAUAACUAGACGUGUGAAAAGUUACAAAUUGUGCUUGCCUGGUUAAGGCUUAUUGAGUUCAAGUAGCUUGUAGUAGAAAUCUGUGAAAAAAUGGUGAUUUUUCUAGAAUAAUCAAGGCCUAAAAUUUUCAUACUAGUUGCAAAGUUUAAGAAGUAUCAUUUUUGGAUUAUUUUUUUUAAACGUAAUUUCUGCUAUUGAUAUUGGUUGGUUUUGCCAUCUGGCUCAGAUAUUCUGGAAAUAAUG